UGAACAGCAGCGUAACCAUGAAUUGCACAUACUGCGGCAUGAAUGCUCAUCGUCUAACCGGACCCUUUUGGAAUAUCCAAUUUAGUAAUUCAACCGUUGCAUCAGUUGUGUCAGCUCUCGACGCUCUUCCUGGCUUCACAUUUUUCUCUGCGUUAAGUAACAACUACACGGAGCUCACUAUCGACCAAGUGUCUGAAAAUCUUAAUUUGUUUACAAUACAAUGUCAUUUUGGUAUUAGAUUUGCUAAUAAUCCAGAAGCUGGCAGUGGCAAGAUUAAAGUUUUACUCGGAAGUCUUCCUACCAUCUCUUGUAAGCCACAUUUAUGCACCUCUGUGAAUAAUUCGAAAGCAGAAAUUCCCUGUGAAGUAUCUGGAACUCCUAUACCAUCCACUAAGAUUGAGCUGAAUAGUGCUGGAACAAGUGUCCCUGAUGAUUCAUCUCAAUUUUCUAUACAUCGUGCAGAUAGCUUGAUGCCUUUUCUAACAAUCGAUCCUGUCAAUUGUACACUUGAUGCUGGCAAUAAUUACAGAAUAUCAUCUGAAAAUAUACUGGGAACAUCACUACCUUAUCAGUGGAACGAUGCUCAUGUGCUUGAUAAUGACGACUUAUCAGAUUGUCAAGUUAUUGACAAUACAACACGCUUGACUUGCUCGUUUUCACUUGCUAGAUUUCCUACAGCAAACAUUGUGUGGAACAUCAACAGCAACAACAUUAUUAAUGAAACCUCUGACAUCGAUGUUUGUGCAUGUCGAGUAACUUCUACUGUCAUUGUUAGUUUGCAACAUGUGUCUGCAUCAACAUCAUGUACUGCUUUAUAUAACAACGACAUGAUGACUCGAUAUUCAUUCAAACGUUGUGAAUCUACACCAAGUCCACCAGUUACAUCUAUUCCUACUUCAGGCACUAGCUUGACCAAUACUCUACAUGGUCUGGGAUCUGCUGAUUUGCCAGACGUGGUCUCGAUUGUUUCACAAAAUCGAUUUGUAUCUACUGAGAUUGGUUGUCAGUUUGCAUCAAUACAACCGACAUCUACUACAGACAUCACUGGAUACUUAGUACGACUCACUAACGCUCACAAGCAGAGCGAACUGGAAUUGUCGCUGAGCAGCAACAACAAUCUAUUUCUCGACGAAUUGGAAGAAAACACAGCAUAUACAGUUGAGAUAAGAGGACGUAAUAGACACGGAUUGGGUCCAACUUCAAGCAUUUACGUCUUUCAAACUACAUCGUGCACAGAUGAGAAGACAAACUUGGGACUAACAGCUGCAGUCGCUACAUUGUCCGCUCUUUGCAUUAUUCUGCUGAUGCUUGCUGCUUACCUUUUCUAUCGAUUGAGACACGUGAUUGCUCUAGGCGGUGCGAAAGAGUCUAACACAACGGAAAUGAAUGAACAGGAACAGAGACACGAUGCUGCAACGUACGAGACAGUGUCCGACUCUGGUCAUCAGGCCGACGUACUAACAAGGAGCCCACUGUAUGAAGAAACAUCGGUUGUCGACAGUCCAUCAUACGGCGUCGUACUAGAUCAGAAUUAGAAUUAUUAAAUUUACGUUUUGUGAUAGUCAAUUCAGUAAUUGGUUAGUUAAUCGACUGUUGGACGACAUGCCAUUGAAGGUCUGUGAUUCCUACCUAUUUGGUAGAUGUAACUUUAUAGCAUCUCAUGUAUAACGCAUUAGCAAUAGAAGUAAAUUACAUUAAUUUUGAGACAGCCUGA